AUGGUAGACCCAAUCUAUUUUGCAUGUCCUGCCCAAUUCCAGCAUAUACUUCACGCGCUGGAGAAGAGCGUGACCUCAUGGCUAGAUCUGAGGGGAAAUAGAAUGGAUAAUGGGGAGAUUGAGGGUUCCGACGACAAUGAAAUCCCAACAACGCACGGGCGUGUUGGGCGCAAGUAUAGCCCAGUGGUGGCGCACGACAGCGAUCGGGCCGUGCUGGAGAUGUCCUCUUUGGAUCCUGAAUCUUCUUCUUCUUCAUUUCCCAAUCGCGGCAAUCCCUUGAAGUAA